GUGAAACUUGUCUGUAUAUAGGUAGAGAUGGCCGCUACUUACGCUGCACUAACUUCUGUGUUGGGAACCAUAGACAAGCUUUUACGGUCCAACUUAUUAGUAGGCGUAGAAGAGGUUCAUAAGCUACAACUGAAAUCACUCGACGAGAUGUUUGGCACUCUGCAAGUGUCUCUAACUGGCAAAUGUGAUGGCGGAGAACCAAUUAUUACCAAGGAUUUGCAAAGAAGAAUCAAAGAUGUUGCACUUGAUGCAGAAGAUGAAGUUGAUUCACUAAUGAAACAACUUAUUAUUGAUCUGGAUGAUGAUGAAUGUUGUCGUGCGAAUCUUGAUAAAGUCUCUCAACAGGUUAUACAAGUAACUGAUUCUGUCAAUGAAGAGCUGAUCAUCAAGCAGAAGAUCAACAAUUGUCCAGAAGCUGAAAGUAGCGCUUCUCCACGAUUAGAUGCUUCAAUCUGUGAGAACGUUAUGGAAGGGUACAAUGAAGAAAGAGAAAGGAUGGUUCAAAGACUUACCAGAGGCUCCGGAUCAAAUAAACUGGAAGUGGUCUCUGUUGUGGGGAUGCCGGGCAUAGGUAAGACAACUUUCGCCAAAACUAUAUUAUUCGAUAACUCUAUCAAGAGGGUCUUUCAAAUUCGCGGUUGGAUUACUGUGUCUAACAACUAUGAUUUAAGAAAGUUGCUCCUAGUCCUCCUUCGUGAUGUUAUUAGAAUGGGAGACGGGAAUGAUAAUACAAUGGAUAUUGGAAAACUAGCUGAGCACGUACAACAAGGUUUGAAGGGACAAAAGUAUUUGAUUGUUGUGGAUGACAUAUGGAGCAAUCAAGAUUGGGAUAGAAUUUCACAUUGGUUUCCAGAUUGUGAUAACAAGAGUCGAAUUUUGUUGACUUCUCGAGACAGGGAGGUUGCUGAUUAUGCUGCUCGCAAUACUAAAGAUGGUUUGGUACCGAUGCGUCUUCUGACACAGGAGGAAAGUCGGUAUCUGUUUUACCACAAGGCAUUUGGGAAAAAUUACAGUAUUCGAGGGUCAGAGGUUGAUGAAUUCGAGAAGGUUGGAGAGGAAGUUGUAACAAAUUGCAAAGGAUUACCGCUAAUGAUUACUGCAGUUGCUGGUAUACUCUCUAGCAAGAGUAAACUGGAUGAGUGGAUGGAAGUAGCUCAAAGUGUAAGCUCAUUAGUAAAUGAUGAUGAUUACCAACAAUGCUUAAAAGUUGUUGCUUUGAGCUACAAUCAUCUUCCUUCUCUUAUGAAAGCUUACUUUUUACAUUUCGGACUUUUCCCAAAAGCCCAUGUGAUUUCUGUGAAGAAGUUGAUUAGAUUAUGGAUUGCAGAAGGACUCGUAAAUCUAAAGGGAGUUGAGGAAUUUGAACAAGUAGCUGCUCGUGUUUUACAUGAUCUUAUCGGGAAAAGUCUUGUUAUUGUUGUUGACAAGCGAAGUUUGGAUGGGCAAAUUAAGACAUGUAGGAUUCAUGAUCUUUUUCAUGAUUUGUGCUUGAAGGAAGCUGAAAAUGAGAAUCUUUUGUAUGUUCUUGGUCCAGACCUUACCACUCAUUUAGACAGAAAUUUCCAUAAAGGUCCCAGGUGGAUGUCAAUUCAAUCAGACUUUAAUAUUAGUUACUCCAGUCGGUAUACUUCUAUUAAAAUACGCUCUCUUUACAUAUCUUAUAUAUAUUUUAGCAAAGAUCUUUUUCAUUUCAAACUACUAAGAGUAUUGGACAUGGAGGACAGUAUCAUCACAAGUAAAAUUACUGGAGAGCUUGUUUGUUUAAAGUAUUUGGCUAUGUGGCCUAGUGCGACAUGUGUGGAACUACCAAUUUCCAAUCUUUGGAAUCUACAGUCUCUCAUUUUUAAUAAAGGUUCAUCUGGAUAUUUUUUACAUAGUGUUGUAGCUUUGCCAAAAGAUAUUUGGCAAAUGUCACAAUUAAGGCAUCUUUCUGCAAGAGGCAUUUAUCUAUCUUCUCCUGGAGAUAAGGUUCUCGGAAACUUACAGUGUGUUUCUGGUUUGAGCCCUUGUUGUUGUACAAAGGAAAUAUUUGAAGGGAUUAAGAAAGUGAAAAAAUUGGCCAUUUACGGAAGGAAGGAGGAAUAUCCUACCGAUCUUAAAUGGACAGAUAAUCUUAAAUAUUUACAAGAUCUCGAGUCACUAAGUAUUACAGCUAAAAUGUUUUAUGAUACAGAUAAAACCAGGUUGUUUAGUCUUACAAGUCCAGAUUCUUUUCCACAAAAACUCAAGAAGUUGAAACUUAGCUACAUAAGUCUACAGUGGGAAUACAUAUCCAUUAUCAGCAAGUUGCCCGAACUUGAGGUGCUCCAACUGAAGGGUGGUACGUUAUUUGGCGACGAGUGGAAAGCAACAGACCAGAUUGGGUUCCCGAAGUUGAGGUUCUUGCUCCUUGAUAAUCUCCUCCUUGAAAAAUGGGAAACCACCACAGGCUCUCAUGAUCAUUUCCCCAGCCUUGAGCGCAUAAUUAUCAUAGAUUGCCACUUCUUAGAAGAGAUUCCUCAAGGAUUUGCUGAUAGCAAGACACUGGAGCUGAUUGAGUUACACAAAUGUGAACCUUCCUUGGUGGCUUUUGCUGAGAAGAUCCAGGAAAAGCACGAGGAUUUGGGGAGGAACAAACUUAAAGUUACUGCCUUCGAUUCAGUGUCGUUGGAGGAAUGGUUUAGAUUUUUCUAGAAGAAACAGGGGAUUUUCAGCUGAUCAAUCACAUAAGGAAUUGUCUUCCCUCCUUGUACCGUAUUGUGGUGUUUGCUUAAAAAUAAUAUUUGUUUUGAUUUUUACUUAUACAACUUCUUGUUUAGAUAUGAUUGUUACUUAUUGUAUCGUAUUCUAUUAGUAUUAGUUUAAAUAUAAUGUUUCUUUUGAUUUUUAUA